AUGCGAGCAUAUGGCUACAAGAAGUCGAUACGAAAAGUAGACGACAUAGUUUUGAACAUCGAUCUGGCACCGACGUUCCUGGAUAUUGCUGGCGUCGAAACGCCACCGCAGAUGGAUGGUCGUUCCUUCAAGAAACUCUUCCUAAAUGGCAAGCACGGCAGAAGAUUGAAGUUCAAGUGGCCCGAUACAUUCCUGAUCGAGUCCUCUGGUCGCCGUGAGACUCCGGAAUCCAUCGCAGAGUCGAGGGCGCGGGAAGCCAAGAGGCAAAACGCUACUCAAGCUAAGCAGUCAUCGAGCUCGACACUUCCGGAAGAGAACGACGAUAUCCCCGAUGCGGAUGCGGAUGCGGAAACGGAGCAUCGAUUUACGGAGAGCGACAUCGGAAGCGAUCAGGAUAUAUCGGACGAUGAGGACCUCGAAGAUUCCAUUAUCGACGAGACAAGUUCGGAUCCGCAUCUCGACAACAGGGUGCACUCGCCCUUCGCGACGAAGCACGAACGUCUCGCGGCGGAGUGCUCGCGACCGGAAGCGCAGGCCGACUGUCUUCCGGGACAGAAGUGGCGAUGCGAAAGGGACGGACACCGGUGGCGACGACACAAGUGCAGAUACGCGGUGCCUACGCCGCAGAGGGUGUCCUCCAAGAAGUGCGCUUGUUUCACACCCCACGGAGUGGUCUACACGAGGCUCGAAUCCAACGAUUAUGACGGGCAGAGAUACAGCCCCCCUAGGGAUCAUCGACUUGCGGAUCCUUAUGAUGACGCGAGAGGAUAUGUCAGCAAGCGCGGCAAGCGAGAAGUGUCAGACGAGGAGUUUUUCGAUUAUUUCAACUUGGAGGACGACCGGGACAGGCGUGCGAUCGACGAGGAAGAUGACGAGAACUUCCUCCAGGAGUUGGAUAUGUUGGCACAGGAAGUGUACGAGACUGCACGAGCCAGAGAUGGCAAUGAAAUAAGAAACAUGGACGUUCGUGACGAUGAAAGCAACCGGCAAGAUAAACCCGUCCUCGACUACCUGGAUUACGGCUACACUAUGGACGACUUUGAUCUCACCUUGGAUAAGGUGAUUAAAGGCCGUCUAAAUGUGGACGACGUCGUGAAGAGGCACCGGAGAGUACGAAGGAGCGUCACGAAGAAGGAUCCUAUAGAGCACGUCACCAAGAUCAUGGAGAGCAUAGAGGAAGAAUUGGAUGACCUGAAGCAAACUCAAGUUCGUCACUCAUCCGAGAUAGAGAAGUCGCCAAAAUGUCUGGUUUUGCCGGAAGGCGGCGUGAAUUGCACCGAAGCCGUGUACCAGGAUCCUAACGAAUGGCGGAUAUCGAGACGAGAGAUCGAGCAACAAAUCCGGGAGAUGCGAAUGCAACUAGAAACGUUGAAGGAGAUUCGCCGGCACUUGAUGAUCAAACGACCCCAGUUCGCGGAAAAUGAGGAGAAGCUCGCCGACGCUGAAGAAAGCCUCGAUUCGCACAAGAUUCAUCAUCAUCCGCCGAAGCCUCACGCGAGUCGUCAUCAUAAGAAACACGACAAAGCUGCUCACACCACCACGGAUCGCGACGCAACUACGGAGUCCAUUGCUAAGAUCGGUACAACCCUAAGUAACGAGAGGGUGUCGUUGACGACGAUUGAAGGGAAGCUGGAUAAGUACGAUACAACUCCCUUGGAGGCCUUCACCGCCGAAACUUUCGUCGAAACGUCAACGACGACGCUCAAACCGAAGAAGACGACCCGUCGUCACAGGACGAAGGAAACGUCCGCGAACAGGACGGAAGUUGAAGAGGACAAGACGCAGAGACGCAGAAAAGUGCAUCAUCAUCAUCGUAAAAAUAACACGCUGCUGACCAAUAGUGUUCACGACGAUAUUCCUCACGCGAACACAACCGAUAUCAGCGACGUGGCGUCGUCUACAACCGCUCAAGAUCCUGCAAUGACUCGCGAGGCACGAAGAUACACGACUGUUCCUACUACGGUCGAUGUAUUCAGGACCAGCAGCGACUUCAAUCAAGAUCGCACCACGGAAUCAAUCGCGAUUACCGAAUCGGGAACGACCGGGACUUCGAUGUACACGACGGAAAACAUUCCGCGAACCAGCUCCUUCGUCGGGAAAGGCUCGAGUUCUAAUCGACCUCGAAAUACAUCCCUGACACAGACUACCACGCCACUGCCGAGAAAGUAUUCCAAGAUACCAAGAAAUAGAACAGGAACUCUGGGACCAGCUAGGAUAGACGUCACCAUUCUCGAAGCUCCCGAGAGGAAACAUAAACAUAGUAUCGCAACCAUCAACAACAAUAACAGCCGGUUACCGUUGAUGAACAAUAAUCCAUCGGAGGCACGACACAGCUGUUACUGCGCGCCGGACACGAAGAAGGACGAGAAGGAUCUAGCGAGGGAGGAGAGACGCAGAUUGAAGGAGGAGCGUUUGAAGAAGAAGGAGCGGAAGCUGAGGAAGAAAGCCAAGAUGGAGAAGGAAUGUCUGACAGAGAGAAUGAACUGCUUCGAGCAUGAUAACGAUCACUGGCGAACCGCGCCUCUGUGGACCGCGGGACCAUUCUGCUUUUGCAUGAACGCCAACAACAACACGUACUCCUGCAUACGUACCAUCAACGCGACGCACAAUUUCCUUUACUGCGAGUUCACGACUGGACUGGUGACGUAUUACAAUCUAAGAAUCGAUCCGUUCGAACAGUGGAACAGAGUGUCGUCUCUGACAUCUUCCGAAAGAUCGUAUCUGCACGAUCAACUGGAGCAUUUAAAGGGAUGCAAGGGAACGUGGGACUGUACGAUCGGCAGCGCUAAGGAGGCCGUGCCACAGUUGCAACAACAUCAACGAUAUAGCGCGAAGAGAAAAUAUAACGAUGCGUUCGAAGAUGUAUUUGCACCUUCGACAUUACAAAUUAUACGCGAAAGCGAACUCGGCGGCCCACUGAAUAAAAGACGGAAGAAGUUGAAUAAUUGGAACAGGCGCAAUAGAAGAUGGCAAAAUAACUGGCGACAUCAUCAAGAGACAAUGAAUCCCCGACGUCAUAGUAAUAGACAUCAAUAUUGAUCGAUAUACCUUUUUUUCUUAUAUAUACGCUUCAACAACCGCGUGAAAAAUGCCUUAGGUAUAUACAUUUGAUUUCGCGAUGCAUUUAGUAGCCUAAUUUAUUUAGUGAUAAAUAUAACAAAGACACCAUGGUGAUAUUUAAAUUAAUCUUUCGAUCCUGCAUAUUAGAUGUUCAUCAUCCACAUCAUAGCAUGUUUUCAAUGUAAUAUUUUGUGGCAACUAUUGCAUUUAGCUAUAGGAAUUUUACGUACACCACAGGUGUGGAGCAUACUUUUAAAUUUAUAGAUAUGCGAAUUUUAUAUUAUUAAAAUUACAAUUAAAGACAUAUAGAGACAUUUCUA